GUUGUCGCUUUCAAACGGGCUAGAGUCUUGUUUAUCCGCAUGUUCGCUCUUUUUGUCGGCGCUGCUCUCACUCCAGACUAGCACAUGCUAGUUCGAGUCUCAUUGCGACAUCAUACGUUUACUUUUAUUCCGUCCGUCUGUCACCGCCAUCAUGGAAUUAAACAGGUCGGAGACGCAUAAUGGCCAGAAUAGCCCUCAGCCGGGCCCGUUUGGCUAUUCCUUCCUCUCCCCUAUGGACACCCCAUACGAACCCGCUCCUGCACCGCCUCCUGGGCCAGCACUGUUGGACGAUAAUGAAUCAUCCAUGCUCGACAACUUCUUUACCACGAUGAACUCCAACCAUCUGUCCAGUGACUUUUGGCUUCAGAGUCAAUCGAAUAAGCCGUUUGGAUCCGCCAACUUUGACUGGUCUGAUGAACUUCCUCCAACUUUCGAAGGCUCCACAACCUCACUUUCACAACCGGCGCUUUCUCAUCGCAGCCUAGAAAAGCCUCUUAUGGACAUGAUGCCCAAUCCUCUGGGCACAAACUCGGACAUAUUUGCGGCUGCCUCCAUGCUAUACCACAAUGGGAUGCAUGGGUCUGAUUUCAACCCCAACUUUGCUCCAAAUUCACUUCCCUCCCCCGAUAUAGAUUUCAACACCCUCCGGAUGUCCACCCACGCCAAGGUUCAGAUGCAGACCAGUCAUGUGCCUUCAAAACAGCCGAAUAUAUCCCCCCGUACACGGUUACCCUUGGGUUACCACACGUCAGAGAUGCUCUUCGAUGUUCGCGAACCGAUAUCUCCCGAGCAACAAUAUACAGCAAAGGUCCGUCCACUUCACUGGGGAUCCGAUGUGAGCUUUGUGGAUCAAGGGUAUAUUGCACCACCCGACCAGCCAGACGAAGAACAGCGGACAAAAGAGUUGCUCGGCCACCUAGUGUGUUUUGAAACUCAAAGCAGUGCCGCAAACACUCGCCCGCCGAGCCCAGUGCGCAUCACCGGGAACUAUGACGCAGCUUGGGGGGACGCAGAUGCGGCGGGGCAACUCAGCAACCUACGGAGAGGAUAUAAAGAUAGCAUGGAAGAUGUUUGCCAGCCCAAAAAGAAGCAGAGAGUUUUGGUCAAGGAAGAAGAAGACGACGAGAACUCGGACGACGAAAGUCCGAGACAGAGAUUAAAAAAAUCCAAGGCGUCAUCGUCCAGGCGAAUGUCACAUGACGCCGUCCGGAAACCAAGGCUCUCCCAGGGCCCAAAACCCGCACGAGAGAACUUGACCGAAGAACAAAAGAGGAGUAACCAUAUUCUUUCCGAACAAAAGCGGAGAAAUCUCAUCAGACAAGGAUUUGAAGAUUUAUGCACUCUUGUACCCGGUUUAAAAGGUGGCGGGUUCAGCAAGAGCGCAAUGCUUACUCAGGCCGCUGACUGGUUGGAGGAGAUAUUACGUGGUAAUGACAUCCUCAAAGCACAGCUAGCGGAGUUGAAAGCCAUGAAUGGCUUGGUGAUGCCCCGAUAAGCACCCCGACUAAUGUGACCAC